ACUGGGCGGGGCCGGGCGGGAAACGUUAGGGGAGCCGUACUUGGGGUCCCGGGCGAACCAGGGCUCCCGGGCCGAGGUUCGGCCGGAUGAAGAGCGGGGCGGCUGGGCCGGUGCUCCCCAGCACGGGCCUCAGGUCGGCCAGCCGGGCUGCCGGCGCUUCCGGAACAACAGCCCCGGGCGCCGCCCAGCAUGCCCCGCACUGGACGCGGAGCGAGGCCGCCAGCCCUCGGAGACGUCCGGCGGUCCGGGGAGGCGCGGCCACCCGCGGGAUGUGUUAGCACGUGACACCGGCCCCGGCGCGCUCCAGUCGGACGUCGGUCCUCUGCACUGCCCGCGCAGGAUGAAUGACAUGAAUUUGAGCCCAGUGGGGAUGGAGCAGCUGUCUUCAUCCUCUGUGAACAAUGCCCUGCCGGUCUCAGGAAGUCACCUGGGUUUGGCUGCCUCUCCCUCUCACAGCGCCAUCCCUGCCCCAGGUCUCCCGGUGGCAAUUCCAAACCUGGGCCCCUCCCUGAGCUCUCUGCCUUCUGCCUUGUCUCUGAUGCUCCCCAUGGGAAUUGGAGAUCGAGGGGUGAUGUGUGGGUUACCUGAAAGAAACUACACCCUACCUCCGCCACCUUACCCUCACCUAGAGAGCAGUUACUUCAGAACCAUUCUACCUGGCAUUUUAUCUUAUUUAGCUGACAGACCACCUCCUCAGUACAUCCACCCCAACUCUAUAAACGUUGAUGGUAAUACAGCGUUGUCUAUCACCAACAGCCCUUCAGCACUAGAUCCCUAUCAGGCCAACGGAAAUGUUGGACUAGAAUUAGGUGUUGUUUCAAUAGACUCUCGCUCUGUGAACACACAUGGUGCCCAAAGUCUUCAUCCUAAUGAUGGCCACGAAGUGGCAUUGGACACAACAAUCACUAUGGAGAAUGUUUCUAGGGUUACCAGCCCAAUCUCUACAGAUGGAAUGGCAGAGGAGCUUACAAUGGAUGGUGUUGCAGGAGAACAUUCGCAAAUCCCAAAUGGCUCCAGAAGUCAUGAACCUCUCUCUGUGGAUUCUGUGAGCAACAACCUUACAGCAGACACUGUAGGACAUGGUGGUGUGAUACCCAUUCAUGGGAAUGGUCUGGAGCUUCCUGUGGUCAUGGAGACAGACCACAUUGCAAAUCGGGUCAAUGGGAUGUCUGACAGUGCCCUCAGUGACUCCAUCCACACCGUGGCCAUGAGCACCAACUCUGUAAGCGUGGCACUCUCUACCUCACACAACCUCGCUUCCCUAGAAUCUGUUUCCCUCCAUGAAGUUGGCCUUAGCCUAGAGCCUGUGGCUGUCUCUUCCAUCACGCAGGAGGUUGCUAUGGGGACAGGUCAUGUAGAUGUGUCCUCAGACAGCUUGGCUUUUGUACCACCUUCGCUGCAAAUGGAAGACUCCAAUUCAAACAAGGAAAAUAUGGCAACCUUGUUUACAAUCUGGUGCACUCUCUGUGACCGAGCCUACCCCUCAGACUGCCCUGAUCACGGACCAGUGACUUUUGUUCCUGACACACCGAUAGAGAGCAGAGCAAGGCUGUCCCUCCCAAAGCAACUUGUUCUCCGCCCGUCCAUUGUGGGCACAGAAGUUGGUGUGUGGACUGCAGAGACCAUUCCUGUGCGCACUUGCUUCGGGCCUCUGAUUGGUCAGCAGAGCCACUCCAUGGAAGUAGCAGAGUGGACAGACAAGGCAGUUAACCAUGUCUGGAAGAUAUACCACAGUGGUGUCCUAGAAUUCUGCAUCAUCACAACGGAUGAAAAUGAGUGUAAUUGGAUGAUGUUUGUGCGCAAAGCCAGGAACCGUGAAGAACAGAAUUUGGUGGCUUAUCCCCAUGAUGGAAAAAUCUAUUUCUGUACCUCACAAGACAUCCCUCCUGAGAAUGAACUGCUUUUCUAUUAUAGCCGAGACUAUGCUCAACAGAUUGGUGUUCCUGAACACCCAGAUGUGCACCUCUGUAACUGUGGCAAGGAGUGCAAUUCCUAUUCAGAGUUCAAAGCUCAUCUGACCAGCCACAUCCAUAGCCAUCUCCCUGGCCAGGGCCACAGCAGCAGCCACGGGCCGAGCCACAGCAAGGAAAGGAAGUGGAAGUGUUCCAUGUGCCCGCAGGCUUUUAUCUCUCCUUCAAAACUCCACGUCCACUUUAUGGGACAUAUGGGCAUGAAGCCCCACAAGUGUGAUUUUUGUAGCAAGGCUUUUAGUGAUCCAAGCAACCUACGGACACACCUCAAAAUACAUACAGGUCAGAAGAAUUACAGGUGUACUUUGUGUGACAAGUCUUUCACCCAGAAGGCUCACUUGGAGUCACACAUGGUCAUCCACACGGGUGAGAAGAAUCUCAAGUGUGAUUACUGUGACAAGCUGUUCAUGAGGAGGCAGGACCUCAAGCAGCAUGUGCUCAUCCACACACAAGAACGCCAGAUCAAGUGUCCGAAGUGUGAUAAACUGUUCUUGAGAACAAACCACUUGAAGAAGCAUCUUAAUUCUCACGAAGGAAAACGAGAUUAUGUCUGUGAGAAAUGUACAAAGGCUUAUCUGACCAAGUACCAUCUCACUCGCCACCUGAAGACCUGCAAAGGGCCCACCUCCAGUUCCUCAGCACAAGAGGAGGACGAGGAGGAUGACUCUGAAGAAGAUGAUCUCCCAGACUCCAUGAGGACAGAUGAGUGUAGGAUGAGCAGUGCUAUUUACUCAGCAGACGAGUCUCUCUCCACACAUAAGUAAAAGGAAAACUGCUCUGGAUGGACCAUGCAUUAGGAAAACACAAAACCAACUCACUGCAGAGUGGGACCAGCUAAAGCACGGACAGAAGGAUCCAGAUGGAGUCUUUAAGAUGGCCUGGAGAAAAGGCAUGUGUCUGUCCUCUUAAGUAACGGGUGGCAAGGAAAGGCCCAGCUGUUGCUGUCUGUUCUUUAUUACAUAGUUAUCUGGGAGAUGCAGUUAUGCCUGAGUCAGUGUGGCCUUUUGUUCAUACAAAUCAGAGUUAUCUCACGUGGUUUUUUCCUCCAGCCAACAUGACUGACCCCAGCCAUCCCCACUGUUGACCACAUACUAAUGCACUAUUGUAAGGUGUGCAUUUCACAGAGAGAAUUGCAGCACAGCAGUGCAAGUGUUUAGGUGACUGUAAUUCAUUAUAUUAAAAAAGAAAAGAAAAGAAAAGUAACACCUGCCUAACUUCUGGCCCCUUGAGAGUUUAGAUCCUGUUUCCCCAUCUCAGCAGGUUGAGAGGGCAGGUAAAGAAGCAUUCAUGGUCAGAGGACAGUGACUGGGAGAGGAAAAGGCCCACAAAACCACCUUCGAUGGAACCCAAGGUUAGCCACCUGGUUAUGUGUACAUGCACAUCUUUGCGGUCUAGCCUUCCGUCAUUCAGUGAGGACCUGGAAUUAACAGUGUCCAACUAAUGCCUGCUGGGUCGUCUCCUGUCAGUAAGUGCACAUGGACUCACUUGACAAGACUGGUACUUCAGCCUACAGCAGGAAGGAGGGGAAUGAUCUUAUGUAGGUUUACUUUAUGAAAACCGUUAAGAUGUUGCUAGCUGAAAGCAGCAAGUAGUUCCAAAUGCAUUGGUGGGUUUCACAGGCAGGCCUUCCCAGUUGUCUUCCUUGUUAAAGGUCCUCGCCAGCUAAGUGUAGAGGAUACCAAAGGAUCUGAAAGGUAGAGAAGGCUAUCAGUCACCGUAUGGGUCUGUUUUCAGGUCCCUGUGAGCAGGCUUAGCCAGCUUUUGGAAGAAGCAGAAACAUCCUGAAGUUGACAGAUUGGUGGAACAUGCCUUCCUGCUCAAGGGUCCAACCCUGGCUUGAGUAGAGGAAGGACUCUGCUGGGAAGGUUUUGCUGCUAAUGUAUUUAUGGGAUGAAUGUAUUUCAUUCAAAUCUGUAUUCCUUUAGGAAGAAUUAAAAUCAAAAAUUUUUAAUGAAAAUGUGGAAUUUCUCAUAAUCUUUUGUGGAGGAAGGACUCAAAGUUUAAGAGAGAAGACAGCUUUUGCUCUGAGGUCAUACCCUAAUUGUUCCUGUGUAAUGGUGCUUAGACAGACUACCCUCUGGGAUUUGUAGCCUCUCCUGCUGCUGUCUUCCCAUGGCAGGGAGGGCCUUUAUUGCCUCCUUGGAAACUAACAGGUUUACAGCUGAAGUCGGGUGCUGUGAGUAGCUAGGGUGACUCCUAACACCAAGGCACAAAGCCUCACUCAUCACUAUUAAUGCUCAAAGUAAUUUCUCCCUUUUUUCAGGAGCAUCCACUUGACUAAAUUCCUUUAUUGUCCUGCACAGAGAUGCUCCUCAAACCAGUGAAGCUACAUACCAAAAACUCAAAGCAUGAGGAAGGGCAGAAAGUCCUUGGAGGAUGUAGCAGUGUUCAGUGUUGCUUCUGCCUUUAACCUCGUGGGUGUAAGUGGCACUGCCCUGUGACAGGAUUUACACUUCGCUGCCUAGCUGCAGGAGGUCUUGUCUAUUGCUGCUGGGUCAUUGGCCACACCGACAGGCCGGAGAUGGUAAAUGUGGGCUCUGUAUCCAGCUGAAAGUUCUCUGGGAUUUACUGUGGGAUGAUAGUUUGUAACCUUAGCCAAAUUACACAACCUAGUGAGUGCUUAAUUGUUUUAUACAUGCCUGCAUUUUUUUUUUCAUGUUUGUACAGAUCCUGAGUUAAAUUGGAUACACAACCCAGGAAGUCCUAAGCUUUGGAAAUUAGACAGGAAUAAUUUUUCUUGGCUGAAGCCUAGAAACAUCCAUAAUGCCUUGAUUAUGGUUGGUGGUUCCUUAAGAAGUGAGUUGCUCUUUUCUGUGUGCUGAGCUAAGGUUCAGAGUGACAUUAAAGACAGCAUGAUGUCAUAGUCUGGGUCUUAUUUUUAGACUGGUGACCUGUGUACAAAAUAUGCAGUAAGUGUUCUUUUACUGGUUCUUCUUAUUUACUGAGAAAUAUAGGUAGGCCAGCUGCUUGUAGUCCAUCAAUUACACCAUCUUACAUUAUCCCAUCAACCUGCCUCCUGAAGGAAGACCUCUCUGUACACAUACAGCCAGUGUCUAUAUGGAUAUAACUGUCUUCCCUAUUUGUGUUAAACUCUUAACCUCCAGUAUUUCAGAAUGUAAUAUUUGGACAUUUAGUUGAAGUUAAAAUGAGGUUCUCCAGUUGGGCCUCAAUGCAGUGA